GCCGUAAGCAGGCUGAGCAACAUGCGCAGCCAAAAUCAGGACGAACUUCUCCAAACAGAGAGUAGAGUAAGCCUUGUGUGAUGGAAAACACUUUUGUCACGAGGACACUGAGCCGCUAGCAAAGUCACAUACAUCAAAGAUACCAAGACUCUCCAGCACCCACAACCAAGCAGAAGGUUUUGGAACCCUCUGUAUUCCUUCAACCCAUUCUGUGCGGUCAAGGCAAAAGGAAAAAGCCAUACUCCUUCACGAACGAGCGAGUAAACAUUAGGCAGAUACCUCACGAUGGCCUCGAAAACGACGUACGAGCCUCUGCUCGUAACACUGACUUUCACACCGGGCGGCUUCCAGCAGACAAAGGUCCUCUCUAUGGCACCGCAGACCACCCCCUUCACACCACCUAGCGACCUCUGUUCCCCCGUCGACAUUCGCUGCCUCGUAGGCAAGACGGAGGAUCUUACGGGGGACGUCGAGUGCCUGAGAGACCAAGUCGUAGCCGAGAUCACGGCCAGCCUACCGACGCAAUGCUUCCCCGAGAGUUACGCCGCAAUCUGGCGACCAUCCGGGAACACGUUCAGCGACGUCGCAAGCGUAGCCUACCCAGGCACAGCCUGCAUCUCCGGCUGGACAACGGCGUGCGAGACAACCCUGACCCUCGAGAGCGCGCAGACGUACACCCAGACGUGGUGCUGCCCGAGCUCGUACACCUGCCUCGUGCCCACGCCGGGCGGGACGCCGUACCGGGACUGCGUCAGUCUCCUCAGCACGAACACGGAAAUCUGGAUCAAUAAUAUCGCGACGAGCGGCGGGCGGGAGUCGACGCUCUGGAGCUCGUGGAGGAAAAUUUCCCUCGCCGGUCUCCCGAGUGCUGCCGGGGGACCCCUAUCGGUUAAACACCCCGUCUUUCCGCUCUACGGGCGUGUGCCCUCCUCCCAGGCCUCUGGAGCUGCUGCAGGGGCAGGUCUUUCGACUGGUGCUAUCGCGGGGAUUGCGGUGGGAGCGGUGGCGUUGGUUCUUUUGCUGCUCGGUGCUGGGUUAUUUGUUUGCCUUCGAAAGAGGAAACAGCAGAGGGUUGCGGCCGCAAUCGCCGCGCAGAAUGAGGGCAAUACGGGCAAUGAAGGAUAUGGGCAGAAAGGUUUCGGAUACGAUGCGAAGCAAGAGUUACCCGGCCACGGGACAGAGAUGACGGAAGUCGACGCUGCCACGCCGCCUCCCGUUGAGCUCUCGGCUUAUCCGAGGGCUGCGGAAGUGGAGGGCAACCAGCCUGCUGAGUUGUCGUAAUAGCAAUCCAUAGGGAGUUUUUGCUUCUUCAAACA